ACCGGAGAUCCCAGUAGACCGGAAGUAAUUGGAAGUUUCCGGGGGGCGCUCUAGGCACUACUCGACAGACGCGCGGCCCGUUGCGCUCUGGCUUCGACGGGAAUCUUGUCCUCCGCGGACUCGACCUACCUCUUCCGCUUCCCUUUUGGAGGCCGGUGGCCAGCUACCGUUGGGGGGCGGGAAGCGCCGCGGCAGGCAAGAGCCAAGAAGAGGACGGCGUCUGUAGGGUAUCCACGGAGCUGGCCUGGCCUUUCUCCCCACUUUCCCCCUGAGGCUGAAGGCGGGCUAUUAGACGCUUGGAAUUGCGCCCGCCGCCUCUGCUGCUACGAGUCCUUGGGCGGGGGCGAGUUCGCCGCCUCCGCUGCCCGGUUUGUCCCUCCGUAGCGCCGCCCUCCCCCGCUCCCCGAGGUCAGAGUCGCGCGGGCCCAUCUCGGUGUGUCCCAUGGAUAGGCACAAAGUGAAGCGCCAGCGGCUGGACCGCAUUUGCGAAGGUAUAAGGCCUCCUAUUGGUAAUGGCCCAAUGCCAGCUCGUCCUCUGGUUGCCCUCCUGGAUGGCAGAGAUUGCACUGUAGAGAUGCCUAUCCUGAAGGAUGUUGCCACAGUGGCUUUCUGUGAUGCACAGUCAACUCAGGAAAUCCAUGAAAAGGUGCUAAAUGAAGCUGUUGGGGCUCUGAUGUACCACACCAUUACCUUGUCGCGCCAGGACCUGGAGAAGUUCAAAGCUCUCCGGGUCAUUGUGCGAAUUGGCAGUGGCUAUGACAAUGUGGAUAUCAAGUCAGCUGCAGAAUUAGGCAUUGCAGUGUGCAACGUCCCUUCUUCUUCUGUGGAAGAGACUGCUGAUUCUACCCUCUGCCACAUCCUGAACCUUUAUCGUCGUGUUACUUGGCUCCACCAGGCCAUGCGAGAAGGAAACAGAGCCUCAAGUAUGGAGCAGAUCAGAGAGGUGGCUGGAGGUGCUGUGCGUAUCCGUGGUGAGACCUUGGGCAUCAUUGGCCUUGGUCGAGUUGGGCAAGCAGUGGCUCUGCGUGCAAAACCCUUUGGCUUCAAUGUGAUUUUCUAUGAUCCAUAUCUGUCUCAUGGAGUGGAGCGUUCCCUGGGGUUGCAAAGGAUGAGCACCCUGCAAGAUCUGCUAAUGCACAGCGACUGCAUCACAUUGCACUGCAGUCUCAACGAGCAUAAUCAUCACCUCAUCAAUGACUUUGCCAUUAAACAGAUGCGCCAGGGCUGCUUUCUGGUGAAUACAGCUCGUGGAGGACUGGUUGAAGAGAGAGCCCUGGCUCAAGCCUUAAAGGAGGGGAGAAUCAGAGGGGCAGCACUGGAUGUGCAUGAGUCAGAACCCUUCAGCUUUGCAAAUGGGCCACUAAAAGAUGCUCCCAAUGUGAUAUGUACUCCUCACACAGCCUGGUAUAGUGAACAGGCUUCCAUUGAAUCUCGAGAAGAUGCGGCUAAGGAGAUUCGAAGAGCCAUCACAGGUAUAAUUCCUGAUCAUCUGAGGAACUGUGUUAAUAAGGAGUACUUGCUUUUAGCGGCUCAGUGGUCCAGUAUUGAUCCUGCAGCUGUACAUCCAGAGCUUAAUGGAGCUGCAGCUUACAGGUUUCCUCCAGGAGUAGUGGGAGUAGCAGCUACAGGGCUGGCAGAGCCACCAGUAGAGGGGAUUGUAGCUCACAGCAUUCCCUCUGUCUCUCACUCUGCACCCCAUACUCCUUCACCAGGAGAGUCAAGCAAAUUGGAGCCAGACAGAGAAAUCUCCACUGACCAGUAGCAUCUCUGUUGUCCUUUUCAUACCCCCAUAAGAAAACAGAGAAGGUCUCCUGUUUUAGGACAUAUUGUGAUCCCCCUGGACUGUUUCCUGUUCACACUGGACAGGAGAAUGCAUUUCAUCAUUGGCAAAUUCUAGCUCUUGCCUUUAAACAGAUAUUUUAUAUCAGA